AACUCUCCGCAUUAAAGAAAAAGGAAAUAUAACUCAGCUCCUCCCCCUCUCUCUCUCCCUUCAUUUCUCAUGUUUCUCUCUCUAAAACAUUUCUCCUCUCUUUCGCUAUCGGAUUUCAGACCUAAAACGCUAGGGCACUCGGUGGUUUCCGACGCGAAUUCGUCGGCGCAGCCGUGGAAUUAAAUCACUCGGAGGAGAUUGCUUUUGUGAGGGGAGCUAAUUGUGGGGGGAUUUAUAUCUGGUCGAUCAGCGGGGUUUUUUGAUCUGAUUUCGCGAUCCGAGAAAAAAGGUUUUAGCUGACUUUGAGCUGAUUUUUUUACCUGAUAUAUCGUGUAGAUUUAUCUGAGGCUUAUGUUAUUGAAAUGGAUAUUGUUGUAAUGGAAGAAACUGCUGGGAACAGUGAUUUUUCGGAUCCCACGUCGAAGUUGGGAUCAUUUGUUCAGAUUAACUCAAUAGCUAUCGACAUUAGUAGUUCAAUGGAAGCAAUCGAGCCACUAGAACAUGAGCAUUUUUCUAUACGUGGUUUUGUUGCUGGGAUGAGAAAAAAGGAUUGGAAGACAUGUUUUCCAUUUGCACCUCAAGGCAACGAUGUUGAUCCGGUGAAUUAUCUGCCUCCUCUAUUUGUUCCUGAAUUUCGAUGGUGGCAGUGCUCGAGCUGCAUUCCAAAAGAUGAAAUGAAGAGAACUACAAAAGGAAUGGCAAUAACAACCAAAUGUAAGGCCAAUACAAGUUCUUGUGAGAAUGUUGGAGCUAAAGAUGGCUUGUCCAUACACAGGAGAGACAACACAGAAGGGGAAGACAAUGAUCAAAGUAAAAUUAACAAGACACCUAAUUUAUGCUGCAGUGAAAGACAUAAAGAUAUCACAUGUAGCAAAGGCAAAACAGAUAUCAGGGAUAUAGAAGCUGGAAAUUCAUGUGACAUGCCUGAAGUAGAUCCACUGCAGGUUAUCGAGGGGCUUAAUAAUACUCCAGAUGCUACAGAUAUGGUAUGUCUUGCUGACCAUCCUUCAUGCGUAGUUGUAGAGCCAGAUAACGUAUCAUCUGGAAGCGAUGGUCCUCUUAGUGUACUGCCACAUAAGAGAAAGCCGAAGCUACGUUCUUUGGCUGAUAUAUUGGUGGAAGAAAGGAACCAAACUAGCAGUAUUCCUAGGACAAGAUCUGCCUUAUCAUGUGGAGUGUAUGUUGCAUCUACUGAGAUGGAAGCAGUUUUAGUUCCUCAGCUUCAGGUAGACGUCUCUGCUGGUGUUGCAGAAGCUGCUCGAAGUCCUGAGAGGAAAAGAAAGAUCGCUAUUGGAGAAGACAGAGAGCCUCUAGUGGCAACCUUUCCAAGGGCUGUGGCUAAGAGAACUAAGGGCAUUGUGCUUGAUGCUGAGAAAAAGUCUAGGAGAGUUGAAAUUUCUGAUGCUGUAACUAAAGGGGGUGCUUCUAUGAGAUUGGAUUUGCAAAGGACUGAACGGAUCAAGCCCAAAAAGCUUAAAGCUAUUGACACGAACAAAAAUAUGAGACACAUCGGUAGAGACAAUGAAAUAGUCCAAAUGGGCAAGUAUCUCCAGCCAAACGCCGUAUCCUCUGCAAAUUUACAGGAGCAAGUGGUUCCUGUGGAGACAAAUCUGGGUAAAUUGGGAGGUGCUCCUUCCAUUUUGGUAGAAAUGGGACAGCACUUUAGGAGGUCGCUAUCGGGACAACAAACACAGAAAAUUUCUGAUCUUUCCAUGGCUAAGAUGCCGGAAGUUGGAGCUGAUGAUGACCCUUUAUUGCCUCCCAGAAAAAGCAUCUUAGGAGAUUGCAAUAUCCGAGGAACCAUGGCGUUGGACCUUUCACUCAGUAGUUUUAAGGAUGCUGAAGGUAAUCACAAUGACCAAGCAUCUUUCAGGGAGCAUAGGUGCAUUCCCGAUCUCAAUGUGGAAUCUCCGGAGAAGGCAGCUAUGGAAGGACAGCAGCAAUCCACCAUUCAUUCCGAGGAGAGGAGUUUCCCUCUGCGAAAGUCUUCGGAUAACUCUGCCUCCUGCAGUUACGAAACUGUGAGGGAAGGCAAACGAAUAUCUGAGCCGAGAAACAAGGAUAACAUUGCAGAACUUGGAUCAUCAGAUGACAUACCAAUAGAAAUAGUUGAGUUGUUGGCCAAAAACCAGCAUGAAAGAGAACUUGGAAUUUCGAGGAGACAUCUGCUGGGAAUCAAUGAUACAGCGAAAGGAUAUUCUUCUGUAGGCGUUGUGGAUGGUACGACUAGUUUUCCUUUUCCCAGGAGAAUAAAUGGUUUAAAAGUGGCAAAUGGAAACAUGGGAAUCCAACCAAAUCUGAACAAACCAGAGAAAAGUCACUUUAGACUCUCUAGUUCGUCUACUCCAAUCCAACUGAGGAAACCAGAGUAUUCCACGCCAGCUUCUAUAAUGGCAGGACCAAAUUCUAUUACAUGGGAAGAAAUGCUAUAUUCCCGUGCCACAGAGAAUGCACCUUUUCGUCUCAGCAUUCCCCAGAAGCACCCCAUUCAACCGAGUCCAUAUUCAUUCUUAGACGAGUGUCACAAAGAGAGGGCUGUCGAUGGCAAGGGAAAGAAAGCUGUAGCUGAUGCGGCUGAGCUCAAGAAGGGGAGAAUUAUAGGAUCAUCGGAUCCUUACCAAAACGAUACAAUCCCUGCAAUGCAGCUGUUAUCGUUGAUGGAUCAGAGAGUUAAAUCGGGCUCUUCAUACAAAGUAGGUUCCCUUGAUAAACCCUUGUCUUCCUGCAAGCACCACCCGCGUCUAAAUGGAAAGGAGAACCACAACUUCCUCCGUGGAUCAUCGUUCCUUCCUCAAAAUGGCAGCUCUUUGUUAAGAUAUGGUGUUUAUUCUUCGGGCGAAAGUUCUUUCAGAGCUUCUGCACCUAAUUUAAGAGUACCUCAAGAGGUAAGGAACUGGAAAACCACCCUUUUGGACGGAUCCAACGAGCUUGAUCAGAGACGAGCAGCAAGAAGUAAUGCAGCAUUAGGUGAGUGCACUCUCAACAGGAAUCCAGCAGACUUCAGCAUUCCUCAAGUAGGAAACGAGUUCACCAUAAGCGCGAAAGAUUUGAGGCCUCGGAAGAAGACGGAUGGUUUGAAAGAAAAAUCGCGGUUAGGGAAUGUCGAUGGCAGGAAGAGACCAAGAAUGAGAAAGAAUGCCUCGCAGAAAGAAUGACUUAGGAUUCUGAUUAUUCAGUUGUUUUGUAGUCACUACUUAACAUUAUAUAUAUGUUGUGUGUACACCUCUUGUUUUAAAUUCUUUGUAUCUGUUUUUUUGUGUCUUGCAGUUUGAUACUACUCUCAGUAUCUGUUUCUUUUUUUUUUUAGUGUUAGUUUUAUAUACAAAACUCACCUUCCUACUGUGAAUUGGACAUGGAUGAAAUAAAAUUCAAUUUUUAUAUA